AUUUUCCAGUUUCCACUUAUCAUGCCUCAUUAUCUACUUGCAAUUCAAAGCAACAUGAACACAGUUUACUUCCUUAUCUUUGUUUGUUGCAUCGGGGCAGAAAACAUUGGGCAACCAACCAGUUUACAAACUUCUAAACUUGGAGAUAAUGUCACAAUUGAGUGCUACUUACCAGACAAAGACUUUAAUAAUAUGGUGUGGUAUAAGCAGAAGUUGAUGAAGACACCCCAUCCUAUUUCAAGAUGUUACAAUUACCUGAGACAAGCUACAUUUUUUGAUGGAUAUAAUGAUGGUCGUUUUAAUGUAACAAUAGACAAAGGUAUUUUUCAUUUACACAUUUCAAUGUCAAAGAAUGAAGAUAUAGCAACAUACUUUUGUGGACUGGUAACGUUAGGUGAGCUGAAAUUUGGACCUGGAACAUUUUUGAUGCUUCAAGGAGAGCACACCAGUACAACAGUUCUUCAGGAGCUAAUUUCAGAUGAAGUUCAUCUUGGAGACAAAGUCACCUUCGUGUGCAGAGUCAAAACAGUACAUGGAAAAUGUUCAGGAGGAUACAACGCAUUUUGGAUCAGAAAGGGCUCAGAUGAAUAUCAUCCCAGUAUCAUUUACACUGAUGAAGAUAUAGAGAAGCGGUGUGAAGAGAGCUCUGACAAUGGUUCUACUACAAAGAGUUGUAUUUACAACCUCAUAAAAACGAACCUAAGCAUAACUGAUGCUGGCACUUACUACUGUGCUGUAUCUGCAUGCAACAAGAUAAUGUUUGGAAAUGGGACUACACUGGAAUUCAACCCACAACCCGACAGUUGUUUUGUUGCAGAUAGCAGCUUCACAGCAGCAUUGUUGAAUCCAGUGUUUCUUACACUGGUCUCGUCAAACAUCAUUUCUCUGAUAAUAAUGAUCUCACUUGUGGCUGUGCAAUGUAAACACCAAAACAUCUCAUCAGUUUGUGUCAACAGAUCUGAUCAAGAUACAUCUGAAGGUACUCAGCAGGUUGGAGACACAGAAGCCUUGACAUACACAUCUGUGAGUUUCACCAAUAAACCAUGGCCCUCUAGAGGAGCUGAACAACAAGACAUUUCCAAACACAAUGAGUUGUAUUCGAAGAUCAAAUCCUAAUAAAAGAACUAUGGUAUACUUGAAGUCUUUUAUUGUUGUGUGUCUUUGAGUGAUCCAAAUAUGAAAAUAAAGACAAUCUAAAUAAAAUUAUUAUUUUUUUAAAUUUAUUUAUACUUUUGUUAUUCUGCAAUGAUGGUGGGAGAUGCUU